AUGGCACCGCACUUACUGCCAGUUUUACACGACAGCGACGACGAUGACCAGGUAAAAGUGAAAAGUGGAUUAUCAAAACAGACUGCCAAUUUUUCAGUAUUCAGACGACGACGAACAAUUGGAUAUAUAUUUAAAUCGAGAUUUUGGUAAUUUUCAAAGACUUUCGUUAAUUAAAGAACUUUUAGGCUUUAAUUCUGACUCUGACAAUGAGAACGUAAUAAUUGGCAGCGACGAUGAGGAAAUCGGAGACGGAUGGGGUCCGACACGUAAAUAAAUUAUUCAAUCGUAUCGUUUGUUGGUUUCUGAUUACAGAGGAUAGUACCGCCGAUCAAGAAGAGAAAAGCGAGGAAAAAGCUGUUGAAAUUGAAGAAAAGAUUGAUAACUUCUUGGAUUCACUGUUAAAUGAAAUAAAAUUGGAUUUGAAUUCGUGAGGGUAUGAAAUAAGAUAAAUGAUAACUUCGAAGUUUCAGAGAGCCCGCCUUAAUUCAAGAGGAUAAUGUCACAAGUGAACAAGUCGAAGAAGAACAUGUAAAUGAAGAAAUAAAAGAAGAUGAGGAACUUAGUGACGAAUCUGACGCUGAAACCGUGAUUUGCACGAGUUCUGAAGUCGGGAAUCACGCUGAUUUUGAGGAUGAAGUGAUAAAUUUUGAGGAGAGCACGGAAAAUGAAGAGAUUUCAGCUUGAUGAAAUUGCACAAAUUGAGAAAAUCACGGCGAUGGAAGAAGAAUGUGUGAAUCGCGAUGAUUUGCCUCAGUUUACGACGAGAAGGUUAGUUUUGCAGCUAAAACAUUCGAAAUUUUUGGUUCUUGACUUACUCAAAAUUUCAAAUCUUCGAAAAAAGAGACAAAAAUUGAAUUUUAGAACCGUCUACGGGCUCGCCUACAACGUGAUGAACGGCGGACCACUCAAACCUCUUCGAGUUUCCAAAAGUCUAUAAAAAUCAAUAAUUUUCCAAGUUUUCAGGAUGACGCCGUGACGAAAUCCGAGUGCUGGGUGGACUAUGCAAAAGUGGCUGUCAGUUUUAGGAAGAAAAAGCAUUUUUUUUUUAUUUUAAUCAAUUUUCAGUUGAAAAAAGUGAAACAAACUGAAGCGUUCCCUAAAAAAGUUGAGAUGAGGUCUCCGAUUCAAUUCGGAACCAAAUUGAAGGUUCUUUUCAAUAAUUUCAAUGCAAAUUGUAUGAUUUUCAGUUUCCAAACAUGGAAAAUACGACUAUUAUCACCAGGGGAAGCGAGAAAAUCGCAAAUUUGGAGACGAUCGACUUGCAGCGAAUUAUUCGCAACGCAUUUAACGCUAGGAAAUUCUGUGUUGUACUUUUUGGCGUGGAAGAUGAUGGAACGGUUAGUUAAAAAAAUAAAAAGUGGUUUGCCCAGGAUUUCUAUGUAAAAUGGAUAGAAAGUUGUAAAAAAAGCCAACGUUUGAUUUUGGUUCAUUUUUGAAGUCCCUACCUUAAUUUUCAGAACUGUAAGUUGAAAACUAGUCGAAAUCAAUUAUAUUGAUCAAAUUAUUCAAGCUUUAGCUUCAAAUAAUCGAUUUUUUUGCAAAAAAAUUUAGAAAAAUCGUGUAAGAAACUGUUUUUUUGUUAUUUUUCAUGCCUUAUUUCUCACUAGGAUAAGAUGAAAAACAUUUUUUUAGAAAUUGGAUUUGAAAGUUUUAUUAUAACUGCUUCGCGGCUGGCUUGAGACAUCGAAAAAAAUGGGUCCUGACACGAUAAUGCGCGAGAUAGUGUCUGGUUGCUGGAGAGCGCAGACAGGCCACGCCCUCUUUUUGUCCCAACUGUGAAUACAGUGGUGUCACUGAAGUUAGGAAUCAGAAUCCCCUUAAGGGAUUUUUUGUAUCUUCUAGUGACCACUUGAGUAUUUUUUUCCGUACCUGGGAAUUUUUACCUGUGACUAGGUUUCUCAUAAAUCCAGGUAACAGGGGAAGAAAAAAAAAUGAGUCUGCAGUAAAAAUUUUUCGAGAAAAAGAUGCUUCCUAAAAGCGUAUUCCUGGAUUUUUCAUCAUUUCGAUCUGAUUUUUCUGGAAUUCCAGGUCACCGGAAAUGAUCUGGACGCUGUCAAACGCGACAAUAUUCGUCUUGCUUUGGACACGGCGGUCCAAAAUGACUUUAUUCCCUCGAUUGAAAAUGUUCUGGACGUUUGUGACGCAAAUUUCGUCCCGGUUUUGGGAGCACCUACAGAUUCUACAUAUGUCACGAUCAUUCGGGUGAAGCAACGGAGAAAUCAGGUAAAAAAUGAAUCAAAAAAGAUUUGCCAAGUGCCCUUUCUAGGGUUCCUGACAACUUUAGGGCCAUUUAUUUUUGAUUUUAAACGUUUAGAAUGCUGAACGAGUAAGAUAUUUUGAGAGAAACGACUAAAUAAAAAAAUCAAAUUAGAAAAAUAAUUUCUGAAAAACAAGAAAGUUCAGAAAUCCUAUAGACAAGGUGCUGAAAAAAGCCAUCAAAAAUCACUUUCCUUUGAAAAAAUUCAAAUUUUGAGACUCAGUUUGCCAAAAACCGUUAUUUCCUGUUAGUUUUUCACCAUAAUGUUCCUUGCAGGUGUUAAGAGUGGUCCCUAUAGGGGUCAGGGGUAUAAACAGUCAUUAUAGGGACCGAAAAAGUAUUCCCCAUAGGGGUAAAAUCAAGGUGGUCUCUAUAAGAGUUCAGGGUUCGACUCCUUAGCCCCAAAAGCUUAAGUAGACCCUAUAGGGGUCUUUCAACUUCUUUGAAAUAACGCUUAUUUUUAUUGGACCCUGUAAGGGUUGGUAAAAUGGAAGGAACUCUUUAAGGGCCCCUAAGGUUGCCCCUAUAGGGACCAUUCUGGAGUCUCUAAGUAGACAUCCAUUCAAGCUCUUUUAUUGUUUACUGCACAUGAAACUGAUCAAUCAAGAUUUCUAAGUUAAAAGUUAGAAGGAAUAAUUUUUAAGAGAAAUAAUUUGAAAUGUAAAGAAAAAUAGGAUUUUUAGAAGGUUAUUCAUUUUUUCUACUGGCUAUGUCUUGAACUGAAAGUCCUUUAUUUAAUUUUCCUUGUUCAGAACUACAAAUUGGCCUCGGAUUCGAUCAAGGAAUAA